AUGGAAGGCGGAUCAUUACCUUCAGAUUUGCCCGCAAAGUAUCAAAAAUUAGCAUCCGAAUAUGCUAAGAUGAGAGCUCAGGUUGGAGUUUUAAAAAAGGCUGUUAUUGAUGAGCAAAGUCAAAAUGCUGAAUUAAAAGAAACAUUAAGGGCAAAAGAACAAAAUUUGAGAAAAACUGAGCAAGAAUUAGAUAGUCUUAAUUUUAGGAAUCAACAACUUACCAAGAGAGUGACAAUAUUACAGGGAGAUCUUGAUUCAGUUCAGACUGCAUCCAAGACUAAAUCGAAAGGUGUUAGGGAAUCAAAAGACUCAGUUAUUGUGGAGGAGUUACAGAAAAAAAUCACAGAAAAUGCUAAUUUAGUUUCAAUGUUGCAUGAACAAACAGAAAAAUAUGAAACAGAAAAAUUUAUGCUUAAUCAAAAAUUAGAAGUCUGUGAACAUAAAAUAAAAGAAUAUCAAUCAAAUUUGUCAGCGAUUGAAAAUACAAAAUUAGCAAAAUAUGAAAAUGAAGCGAAAGUUCUUAUAUCGAAAUUACAAGCCAAAGAUGAUGAAAUUAAUAAAUAUCAAUGUGAAAUAAAACAGUUAAAAAAUGAUUUAAUAGGAAAAAAUAUUAUAGAUGAUUUUGCAUUAAAAGAACAAUUUUCAAAAUUAUUUAAUAGUCUUUCUCUAAAUAAUUUAUUCAUGUUAUUAAGUCAAUUUUUUUUACAAAUUGAACUUAGGUAUAAUAAAAUUAUGGAGAAUAAACAAUUUGAAAAAUUCUCCGAAAUAAAUCAAAAAAAUCGUUUAACAUUACAAGAUUUUAGUGAUAAAUAUCUGUUAUACAGUAGUGCAGACAUUAACGAUAAAGAUUUUUCAGUAACUUUUGAAAAUUUGUGCGAAAGUUUAGAUUUGUAUUCGUCAAUACUAAACGACAAUGAUAAAGAUGUUAUUGCAGUACUAAAAGAAUUAAUUGAUAAUAUUCGAAAAUAUUGGGUUGAAUUUAGUUCUUGUUUUAAAAAAUUGGAUUCCUCUGCAUUGACUUCAUCAGAUUGUGAUGAGCUUGCCAACUACAUUUCUGAUAUUUUUCGUUCUUUCAGAAAUACCUGUGAUUAUUUUUUAAGUGCUUUGAAUGAAAAAUUCAAAUCUUUUCAAAUUCAUAACGAAUCAGAGAAAGAAAUAUUAAAUAUAUUAUCGAAUAUAAGUUUGCAGUGCUCUGGUAUAUUUAGAAAUUUAACAGAAAACAUUUCAAUGUUGAUUCAAGUUUUCGACUCGAGAAUAAUCAAAAUGAAACAAAAAAUUGCUUUAUCUCAAUCUCAACAAAAUUGUGAGGAUUGGAAACAAGAAAUUGAAUCUCUUAAAUCAGCUCAUUCAAAGAAAAUCAAAGAAUUGGAAGAACAUAUUUAUUGCCUCAGUGAAGCUACCACUCCUCGCAGUACUAAUUCUAGUUAUUUAGUUCAAUCACCGUCAGAAGUUACUCAGCAAUCAGAAGAUCAGUUUGACAAUGUCGGAGAUGUGUCAGAAAUGAUAAAUAAAGAAACUGAAUAUUUAAAAUAUUUCAACGCCAGAGCAAAUAAAUUAGUGGCAGAUAGACAAUUAGCAGAAAGCAAAGUAACAGUUUUCAAAGAUGAAUGUGAAGCACUUCAAAGACGAUUAGAGCACAGUUUGGAAAAUAGGUUAUCCUUAGAAGAUUCACUGACGGAAGCACAGAAUAACGUGAGCCGAUUAAAAGAAGAACUUUUAACAACGACUUCAAAUUAUAAAGAACAAUUACAGUCAAUGUCUGAACAUAUGGCAAACAUGAAUGAAAAAUUAGCAUCUCAACAAGAGGAAAUAGAAAUUCUUAAACAUGAACUCACAGAAAAAUUUCAAGGAGGGAAAAAGGGAAAACAAAUACAAUAA